UAAAACAGCCGCGCGCGCGCUGCUGCUAGUUAGCGUUGCUAGCCAACCGCGGGGGUCACGUGACGAGCGCCUUUUUCCCUUCAGAGGCGAGAAGUCUGUCUUAAUUGCGUGAGUUUACUCAAACUGUGGGCAGCAGCAGCGGCGGAUUCCCACACGUCUUCAUUCACUUAGCCAGGGUUAGCUAGAGCUACAGGCAUUCAUUCAGCCGGCGAGCUUGGGAGGUGAAAGAACUCCUGAAAUUACAUUUUUUUAGUGUGUUUUUUUUCCUCUUUUAUUUGUUUGUUUUUUCUGUUCUCUGUUUUUUUUUUGUUUAGUGUGAGCUGUGAUUAUUAUUUUUUAGCCUCAAAAACGAGGAAAGCUACAAAACAAACGCAUACUGAACUAAAGUAAACACCACUCAAUAGUGGACUUCAGUAACUUAGUGGAUGUAGGAUAUUUAUCUAUUAGCUGGAGUCCUACUAACCCCUCCAGGAGCAGCAGCAGGAGCAGGCAGGUGUGUGAGAUAUAUAUAUAUAUAUAUUAUAGAGAGAGAGGGAGAAGCGAAGGAUGGAGGUUUGGCUGAGCCCCAAACAGCGACUCCCCUACGGCCGGUGUCCAUAGAGUCUGUGGGCACGAUGCUGCGUGGCAGUUCACGAACAGCGCACAGCCAGCGUCUCCAGAGAAGAGCGAAACGAGCGAAAAGCCGGACCGCGACCACCUCUCUCCCCCCCAACCCAGCAGCGCCAACGGACCGGACUCACAAGCGGCUUCAUCCGCACGCAGGCACUGAUGGAGUAGCGCCGAGCGGCGGAGACCUGUAGCCGGGCGGUGGUGACAGAGACACCGGGGGAAGCCUCGCAACGUCCGUUCGCUCACUCAGCUCCUUGUGAGAAAGAGUAAGGAAUGAUUGGGGCACAGAAACGAAGGCUGUUUGGUGUUCUCUCAGUGCCGGUGCUUGUGGCUGUGAUGUGCUGUGCUCAGAGCGCCAACGAACCAGGCAACAUGUCUUUCGUGAAAGAGACAGUGGACAAGCUGCUGAAAGGAUACGACAUUCGCCUUCGACCGGACUUUGGAGGUGCACCGGUUGCGGUUGGGAUGAGUAUCGACGUGGCCAGCAUAGACAUGGUGUCUGAGGUGAACAUGGACUACACGCUGACUAUGUACUUCCAGCAGUACUGGAGGGAUAAGCGGCUAGCAUAUGCUGGGAUUCCUCUCAACCUAACCCUGGACAAUAGGGUGGCUGACCAGCUCUGGGUCCCGGACACUUACUUCCUCAACGAUAAGAAAUCCUUUGUCCAUGGUGUGACUGUGAAGAACCGCAUGAUCCGCCUGCACCCUGAUGGCACGGUUCUUUACGGACUGAGAAUCACCACAACAGCUGCUUGCAUGAUGGAUCUGAGGAGGUAUCCUCUUGAUGAACAAAACUGCACUCUGGAGAUAGAGAGCUAUGGCUACACAACUGAUGAUAUUGAGUUCUACUGGAAAGGAGGAGACAACGCAGUGACCGGUGUGUCUCGAAUCGAGCUCCCUCAGUUCUCAAUAGUAGACUACAAACUGGUCUCCCGAAAUGUCGUCUUCUCCACAGGUGCCUAUCCCCGGCUGUCUUUGAGCUUUAAGCUGAAGAGGAACAUCGGCUAUUUCAUCCUGCAGACGUACAUGCCCUCCAUCCUGAUCACCAUCCUGUCCUGGGUCUCUUUCUGGAUCAACUAUGACGCAUCUGCAGCCAGAGUAGCAUUAGGCAUCACAACUGUGCUGACUAUGACCACCAUCAACACCCAUCUGAGGGAAACGCUGCCCAAGAUCCCAUACGUCAAAGCCAUAGACAUGUACCUGAUGGGCUGCUUCGUCUUCGUGUUCUUGGCCUUGCUGGAGUACGCCUUCGUCAACUACAUCUUCUUCGGCCGAGGUCCACAGAUGCAGAAAAAGUUGGCUGAAAAGGCAGAGAAAGCCAACAAUGACCGCACCAAAUAUGACGGAAACAAGUCUGUUCAGGAGGCAGGGAAUUGCAAGCCAUCGUCCGUUAAACAGUCCAAUCAGGUACAAGGCCACCGUCACUCACGAGGGGUGGACUCCCAAGGGAACAUCCUCCUGACCACUCUGGAAAUCCACAACGAGGUAGCUGGAAAUGAGGUGACCACCAGCGUCAGUGAAGCGCGCAACUCCACGUCCAUGGUGUUCGAUAACUCAGGGAUCCAGUACCGGAAGCAGAGUGCCCCGCGGCACGACACUACCCGUCACAGCGUGGACAGGAACGCGCAGCCCAAGAAAGCCAGGCUGCGCCGGCGCUCGUCCCAGCUCAAAAUCAAAAUCCCUGACCUAACGGACGUUAACGCCAUCGAUCGAUGGUCAAGGAUAAUAUUCCCCGCUGUGUUUUCCCUCUUCAAUUUGAUCUACUGGCUUUACUAUGUGAAUUAAGCCACAGAUCUGAGUGUUUUUUUCCUCCUUUGCAAUUAUCUUUUCCAUUUUAGAGGCAAAAUAAGACUUUUUUUUUUUCUCUUUUCAAAGGACGUAUUUAUUUGUGCGCCAAUGUGGUGAGCGUGAGCUUUUUUGUACUUGCAAACCCUUGCUUUUCUGUGAGGGUACCAAUGGAAGACAAUGUGCUCUAAACUGGGCUUUCUCAUCACACACACCCACUUUCACAUCCAUAUCUGCUUACAUACACAUGUACAGAUGCUCACAAACAGAAUCCAUUUUAUAAAGACUCUUUGUACAGAACUGCUGAGAUUUUGAAGCUGUGGGACUUCCUCCUGAUGCAACCGGACCCUUUUUAAACUUACACCAACCUGUUCAAUGAAUUUAAUAGACAACUUCAAUGAAAGGUGUCACCUGCAAAUGUUUCAUGCCAAUAAACCUCCAUUAUUAGAUUAUCGAGAACAAACCUAAAAUGACUUGUUUUACACCAGAUUAUAGAAAUGCAAUAUACUGUACUUACAGUUGUGUUUUCACAAGAUUCAGCAUUGACGAUUUUUCCAUCAGCAGUUGUGUUUAAGACAUUUAGACAUUUACUGAUGUGUAUGAAUGGAAUUUUGUUUGUAUAUAGUCGUGUUAUGACAUACUUUUGGGACAUGAUUUCCAUCUGCCUUGGGAUGAUAUAGAUGACUUUUCACAGACUUGGUGUGUAUGUGCUUCAGUACAUGUAACUAUCUGAGUAAUGCUUGUGCACUCAUCACAUUUUGAUUCAUAUAAAAGCAUAACUGCCAGUGUUGUGGAAUGUUUAAAUCAGGGCCUGCAAAUGACUUCCAUAAUGCCAACAUAUGCAUUAUAGGGCAACGUUAUAGGUAUCGUACAUAGACUUUUGUUUUAAAAUGGUUAAUUUCUGUUAGUAGUUGUAUAGCAUUUAGCAUGUGUAUUUUUUUAAGUGAGAGAUUAUGACUCAGACAUUUGUAAUGAAUGUUUGAGUCUAAUAACAUUAUUGUAGGCCUUAUGUAAGCUGUCGUAUGGUCCACUGACGAUGUUUGUUUGACCAAAAAUUCCACCUAACCUCUUUUCAUCUUUUUUUUUUUCCAUCAGUGUUCCUUUGAUUGCUGGAUUAUAGACUAAAGGAAAAGUGGUUUGAGGUGCAGUGUGUACCCAUGAGAAAAAAAAACAACAACAAAAACUUAUCUCAGGUUUUGCUCCAAGAUUCUCACGACCCGCAAUGCAUUGCAUUUCUAUUAUUGGCCAUAUGCAUAGAUCAGCAUUAUAUUUGCUGCAAUUCAUUUGUAUUAUAUGCUCAUGUACUCCAAACAGAAUGACUGCACAGGCUGAUUUGUCUUCUUAUUCCAAUAGCAUGGUAUUCUUUAUAUGUAGAGGACUAAACUGAUUGUAUUCCAUCUUGCUUUGGAGAUCACUUUGCCACGAGUCAUUCCAGUGACCACUAACCUUUGCUUCAGGGACCGAGGACCUUGCUGUCUGGUGAGAGAAUGAUGUAAUUUAUAAAACAUGCUCACAAAUGACCCAAAUAUGUUUAUACUACCCCUUUUGAAAUACUCGGUGUGUGCUGUCAACAUGUCGCAUUAACAGGCUGCUCUGCAGUUAUGUUGUGUCAGUAGUUGCUUGUUAUUUCUUUGAUUGCUCCUUUUCCUUCUAUUCUGUGUUGUAAAUAUAUGGCAGAAUAUCCAGAUUUGUGAGCUGUUGUUUUCUGGGUUUUAUUUUUAACCUUAAGGUUCUGCUCUCUUCUGUUCUCCACAAACCACCAGAUAUCUAUUAUUGAAAUGUGUCCGAAUCAGUAAAUAUAUGUGGGGUGGAUUUAUAGGCUAUUCCGAGGACAUUUGUUUUAAAAAUAAACUUUUCUCUUUCAAGAA